AUGGCUGCAGAUAACCCCAUGGAAAGUCUCCAGGAGGAAGCUACAUGUCCCCUCUGUCUGGAGUAUUUUAAGGACCCAGUGAUUACAAACUGUGGGCACAAUUUCUGCCUAGCCUGCAUCAGCCAGUGCUGGGAGGGAUCCGCUACAGCCGCCUCCUGCCCUCAGUGCAGAGAAACUGUGCAAGAGAGAAACCUCAGGCCCAACAGGCAGCUGGCAAACAUGGUAGAAAUUGCCAAUCGGCUGAGUUUACAGGCAUAUGAGGCAGCGAAGGGAGCAGGAGGAGAUGGGGUGUGUGGGGAACACCAGGAAGCUCUGAAACUGUUCUGUAAAGAGGAUGAAACUUCGAUCUGUCUGGUUUGCCAUCUGUCCCAAGCGCACAGAGCUCACACGGUGGUUCCCGUAGAGGAAGCUGCCCAGGAGUACAAGGAAAAACUUCAGGCCCAUUUGAAGACUCUGAGGGAAGAGAGAGAAAAGCUGCUGGAAUUAAAAGUGACUGGAGAAGAGAAAAGCUGGGAGUAUCUGAAACAAACACAAACCGAGAGGCAGAAGAUUGUGUCUGAAUUUCAGCAACUGCAGCAGUUCCUGGAGGAACAAGAGCGACUCCUGCUGGGCCAGCUGGACAAGCUGGACGAGGAGAUUGUGAGGAUCCAGAAUGAAAAUGUCAGUAAACUCUCCGAGCAGAUUUCCCGUCUCAGUGAGCUGAUCAGUGAGCUGGAGGGGAAGUGUCAGAAGCCAGCAAGUGAAUUCCUGCAGGAUGUCAGAAACACCUUGAGCAGGUGUGAGAAGGGGACGUUCCAGCAGCCAGAGGAGAUUUCUCCUGAACUGGAAGAGCGGGUCAAUGGUUACUUCCAGAAAACUAUUGCACUAUUGGAGACUCUGAGGAAGUUCAAAGACACUCUGCCGUCUGCACUGGAGACAAAAAGAGGGGAACCACUCGGAGCACACAGACAGGUGAAUGUGACUCUGGAUCCAGACACGGCUCAUCCUGACCUCAUCCUGUCUGCGGAUUGGAAAAGUGUGAGAUGGGGAGACACAUGGCAGGAUCUGCCCCAUGACCCUGAGAGAUUUGACACUGCGCGGUGUGUGCUGAGCUGUGAGGGAUUCACCUUGGGGAGACAUUGCUGGGAGGUGGAGGUGGGGGAUGGGGAACGCUGGGCUGUGGGGGUGGCCAGAGAAUCUGUAAGGAGGAAGGGGGUGAUCAGCCUGAGCCCUGAGGAAGGGAUCUGGGCUGUGGAGAGGUGGUGGGGUCAGAUCCGGGCUCUGACCUCCCCUACAACCCCCCUGCCAUGGCACCAGGCCCCCAGCAGGAUCCGGGUUUGUCUGGACUGUGACCGGGGGCAGGUGACAUUUAUCGAUGCUGGUGACGAGGCCUCGAUCUUCACUUUCCCGUCGGGCUCCAUCCCUGGGGAGAGAAUCCGACCCUGGCUCUGGGUGGGGCCAGGAUCCCAGCUCAGACUGUGUCCCUGA